ACAGCACUCCCUUUUACUAUCGCUUCCUGGAAGACGGUGUCUGCAACAGAUUGGUUAUAAAGUAGUUGCUUAAUGUGACACAUGGAAAUAAGCAUCUGCUAGCUUACAGUGGUAAAGAGAAGAGUCUGUCUCUUGUUGUUGCCAGUACAGUCUAGACCAAACCCCUCAAACCAGUUCCACAUGGCUAUUAGCGGAGAGAUUUACAGACUUGUGGCUAUCUUUGUCUCCCUGUGUUUCAUGCUUCCUGGGGUCAAAGCCAUGGACGAAGGAGAUGCCAUUGCUGUUCUGCUUGGAGUGGUCAUUACUGUAGUUGGCUUUUGUGCAUGUUUGGGGUAUUAUGCAAGAAAAAGAGAAGGCCACCUAUAAUUUUUCUCGUGUUUACUUAUUACUUAUGUUUGGUAUCUGGGUUUUUUUUUUAAACUAUGUAUUACCUUUGAGAAUGAUUUGGGAACAGCAAAUGAAAUAGCAUUAUGUGAUUAUGCCAUUUUUGUGGAUUAUGUAUUCUUAAUAUUAAAUUUCUAAAAA